UUUCAUUUGACAUAUGAACGUCAAGUGGUCGAAAACAAUCAUUCAAUAGUUGUAAUAAUCAGUAAAAUUUAUGCUAGGUAGAAAAGUGAAACUAAUAUUCGAGAAGAAAAUCUAAACUACCAAAGAUGACUUCUGAAGAGAAAAUCACGCACGAAGCAUAUACAGUGUAUCCACCGGCCUCCAUUCCAGUUCAAAUUGAAUCAUUGGCUUGCUAUGAUAAUAAUGUGCUUUUGGGUACGCGUCAAGGACAUUUAUUGAUGUAUGCUGUGGAACAAAAUGCAACAGAAAGCAAAAUGGAUCUUCAGCUUUUGCAAUAUGACAAGAAUUUCAGCAAGAAGCCGAUCACUCAGAUUGAUGUCAUACCCGAAUAUCAGUUAUUAUUCAGUUUGACGGAUGGACUGGUCUCAAUUCAUGACAUUGCCCGGCACAAUUUUCCAGUUGUACAUUCCAAUAGCAACACAAAAGGUGCAAUGCUAUUCGCAUUGAAUGUCAAUCGAACAACCGCACUGACUGGUGAAACCGCAUUGGUUGUUCGACUUUGUGUGGUUAUCAAACGUCAGUUACAAUUUUGGUAUUGGAAACACGAUAAGUUGUUACAAUAUCGUGAACCAAUUCAACUAGAUGAUUCGCCCAAGGCCGUCGUAUGGCUCGAAAACGCAAUUUGCAUCGGAUUUAAAACUGAUUAUAUUGUAUACGACAUUUCAUCGGAAAGGCCACGGAAAACUGAACUCUUUCCAACAAGCUCAUCAAAAACAAUUGACCCAUGUAUUACAGUCAUUAACGAACUUUUUGCUGUUGUUAAAGAUGAGUUUCUUAUUGCUGUAGAUCCGAAAAGUUCGGUUUUGCCAGAAACAUGUGCAACCAGUGGAAAAAUAUCAAAAGAACAAGCAACAUUGCCCCAAGACCAAACAAAUAAAUCAUUUAAAUCCUUUGCUUGGUCCCAUCCCAUAAGUCAACUUGUAUGGGACGAACCCUAUGCGAUCGGUUUGCUCCCCAAUGGUGUAGAGGUGCGUGUUCUUGAUGCAUCGGGUUCCAUGAAAGACACCUUCAUCCAGACUUUACCAGAAAUUCAAAAAGCGAGGCAUUUAGUAAGGUCCAAAAAGGGUUGUAUAUUUGCAGCUUCUAUGACGCAACUAUACUGUAUUCAAGGAAUAGACAUUCAAAAGCAAUGCCAAAGUCUAUUGCAACAAAAGAAGUUCCAGUUGGCUCUACAGUUAACGAUUGCGGUGAAAAAACGCAACGCAUAGAAUUCAGCCGCUGACCCAGCCAGAAUGUUUUCAGUUAGCUAGCUGACAUUAGCCAAAUACAUUGUCUGUGCUAGAAAGCCCCUGGCUCAUAGGCCCAUAAAAUGCAUUCAAACUUGGAAAUCGACCAACCGCCUCCACAGAAAAAUCCACUUGAAAAUUAUGCAGCCCGUUCAUCUUAAAACACGUUUUUUCUAAAGCUACCCGUCGAGACCUUUCCAACAAGCCCAAGAACGUCGAAAUCGGACCAUCCGUUGAUGAGUGUUAUGGCUGUUUGAAAAUUUUCUUUGUCGUCUCCACUUAUUAUUCUGAGAUAAUAAUUUUGUCUGUGUAUGUGUGUGUCCGUAGUUUUUGUCCGAUCUUUUUCGAACUUUCAGGCAUUGAAGUAUACUAAAAACCAAGACUUUUUGGUUCCUCCACUUUUUGAUUUCGCCACCAUCUUGGCCUUAGACGGCCUUUGAAAAUUCAAAACAAAGCUUUCUUUUCAAUGGUCACUGUGCCAAGGUCAGUCAACCGAUUUCAGACUUUUGGGUAUCGUUGGAAAGGUCUCGAGGGCACCUAUUUGAAGAUGAAAAAAUCGAGUUGGCAUGGUCUUAUGGGCAGAAACUUCACAAAGUCUUUUUAUAUCUUGAUAUCAAUUAAAAUUGUGGAAAAUGGAAUUGUUUCUUGAGUCAAAUGUGUAAAAGAACAUAGACUGGAUGGUUAAUCUUAUUGAAAAAUUCUAUUACAAAACAGUUGAUAUCAAAUAAAAAACUUUCUCAAAGUCAAUGCUCGUGCCGAAAGCGAACACAAAACUUGUGAUGUCAAUUUCAAAAAAUCAUUUCGGAACGAUUUCAAUUUGCCUAUUUUGCAUUCUAACUACCCAAGUAACAAUUAUUAGAUGAAAUAUAUCCGAACCCGGGUAUAUGUUUAGGGUUGAAUGUGGGGUUACGUUUGACCAU